UGAGAGCAUCUUCUCUGCUUUGCUUCACUGCAUAUGUACAUCUCCCCUAUAAAUACACCUACUCUUUAUGCGUUAUGGAUAUACCGAUCAAGUUCAGAGACUGAUAAGCUCGAUCUCCAUUAUUUGGCUCAGCUGCACGUACGCCGAUCGAACCGGCCAUGAGCUCGUUGGAUGUCACGGCCACCGGAGAGGAGCCAAAGAGGACGUGGCCGGAGGUGGUCGGGCUGCCCAUCAAGGAGGCAAGAGAGAUCAUCCUCAAGGACAAGCCCGACGCCGACAUCGUCUUCCUCCCCGUAGGCACGCCGACAACCAGGGACCUGAGGCCCGACCGCGUCCGCAUCUUCGUUGACACCGUCGCCAGCACCCCCCAUGUUGGCUAGCUUGCUUAACUCGCUUGGGCAGAAGCACGCAUGCAUGAAGCCAUGGGUGCUCAUGAAUAAGUCGUUUUCAUGAUUUGAAUAAGUAAACGCUGAGGAUCGGCAUGCUAUCUACCUAUGUACUUUGUAUUUCACCCAUUAUCAAUAUGAUAAUAUCUUUCGUGAGA